AUGGGGUGGUCGAUAAGCGAGGGGAACAAAGGACGCAGUGAAGAAGGGGGUAGCGUGGCGGGGGGUGGGCGCUGGGACGUGUACUGGACAGAUACCUCGGUAUCGCUGCAGAGAGUGAUGCGGAUGCGAGGACUGCAAAAGAUCAAUCACUUCCCUGGAAUGUGUGCCAUCUGUCGGAAAGGAGAUUUGGCGAGGAGCCUCAGCAGGAUGCAGCGCGAGUUUCCGGAGGAGUACGCGUUUUCCCCGAGAACUUGGGUUCUCCCCGCUGACCUAGCGGACUUCAAAGAGGAGAUUCUGACCGUAAACGCGCGAGGGAUAAAGAAAAAGGGCAAGAAACCAAGGACCCGAAAGAACAACGUCAAGGGGGACGACGACAACGACGGGGACGACGACGUCAACAGUAGGAAGAACGGGAGAGCAAAACGUGGCUACUACAUCGUCAAGCCUAUCGGGGGCUGCCAAGGAAAAGACAUUUUCCUCACCAGCGGCUGGAAGCGAGUUUCCACCGCAAAUCAGGAGCCCGCGGUGGCUCAGCGCUACGUGUCGAACCCCCUGCUGAUCGACGGAUACAAGUGCGACCUCAGAGUGUACGUCCUGGUUACCUCGGUGUGCCCCUUGAGGGUCAUGCUGCACAAGAGGGGCCUGGUUCGGCUGUGCACCAGCACGUACCGCCCCCCCAGGAAUGGAAACCUGCGGAACACCCGGAUGCACCUCACCAACUACGCCAUCAACAAGGGGAGCGAAAACUUCGUCCCUCCAACGGGUGCUGCCGGACCCCUUCCUAGGACAGAAACAACAGAAACAACAGCAACAACAACGACAGCAACAACAGAGGACGAGGAGGAAGAUGGAGACGGCGACGAUGGAUGUGCGCAAGCAGUCGCAGAAGAAGACGAGAUCCAUGUGCACCACGUUCUGAUGUCAAAAACUCUUGAGAAUAAAGAUGUACCGUCGCUGCGGGGACACAACGCUAGAAGUAACGGCGGCAGCAGCAGUGAUGCCACCCCCGACGGAGGCUAUGGGUGGACCAAGGGUUGCACAAGCGAUGGCGACGACGGCAUACCCCGCGGCGGAGAUCGCAAGGAGGAAGGAAAGAGAGGAGCUAGCAAGCGCAGCCUCGAGUGGUUUUUCGGGUGGCUGGAAGAGGGGGGGCGAGACUCCGCUGCGCUCUGGCGAGAGGUGGCCGACCUUGUCGUGAAGACGCUCAUCACGGCACAGCCCUCUCUCGAGAGGGCGUACUGCGCGUGCUUCUGCGGGGAGGUUCGGGAAGACCUCCGCCCUUGGCUGCUCGAGGUCAACCACUCUCCGAGCUUCAAGUGCGAGACCCCACUGGACUCCAGCGUCAAGCGAGAAGUGAUCUCCGAUACGAUGAGGGUGAUCGACGUCCUGCCAGGAGGCUUCCGUCGGCGCAAGGCGCAGGAGGCCGCGAGGUCAAAACGCCGCCUGUACGGUAGCGCCGGCGGGAGCGCUAGGCCGGCAAGGGCGGCCAGCGGCCUCAGAAUGUGCGGCGGCUUCAGCACGUGCGACGUCAACGAUCUUCACAAUGACAACGACAACACCAGCGACAGGCCCUGCUGGAUCGCGCCACCGGGGCGGCAACGCCCCUCGCGCCGGAGUGGAAACCCCACCGCUACAGACGCACCUCUUGGCGCGGGAACGGUCGCCGUUCGUGGAGAAUGGAUCCAGAAAGCUACGCGGCGGGGAAUGACGGGAACUGCCCGAAUGAAGUGA